AUGGUCGAAGAACUUCUGCAGAAGCUCGGGGUCUCAGAGGUCGAUCUACUCAUCGCUCAUUCGGCGGGCACUCAUGCGGCGAUACUGAUGGCCCUGAAUCAGAGACGGGUUCGAAUUCGUUCGAUGGCCCUGCUAUGCUCAACGACCUCGAAGUUGCUUCCCGUCCAUCAACCAGCAUGGCUGCACUCGAGGAUGAUUUGGAUGCUCCACAAACCUGGCUUGAGAAAACUCAUCGUCCCGUUUUAUGAGCUCGUGAUUCUUUACCUAGGACUGAAGAAAAUUACCGCCACGGAAGCUGUUACAUCAUUUGCUGCAAUUUACGCGACCACAUACUGGUAUCCGGACAAGGCGUCGCAGUGGAUUCAGAACUUGCGAGAUCGAGGUUUUCCGCGAAUGGCGAUAUACAGUUCGAGAGAUUCUGUGGUGCCGUCAGGGAUGAGUGAAGAUUUCGCGAGAGAGCUGGGGAACCCCGACAAAGCAAAUCACUUCACAUACAGCGGGAGAUCGGAGGCUGAAGUCAAAUUGAUGCAUGAGCCCUCAAAUAAAAACCUCGUACCGAUCGUACACUUCAAGGACGGCGGUCACAACGUGAUGACACAGUUCCCGGAAACUGUUGCCGAUCAUUUGUUGGAGUUCGUCGAGUCGCAGGCACAACGCGAGUGCUGA